GGGAAUUGCUUAAAAGCUUUCGAAUUUCAUGUGUCUCGAGCAGAUUCGUCUUGCCACCAGUUCGAGUAUGAAGUGUCCCAUUCUGGCCCUUGCAGUCGCCGCUGUCCUGAUUUCCCAGGCCACAGCCGGAAAUGUGAUUAUCGGCGGAGCUUGCCGGGAUUGCAGUCCUCCGGUGGCGGAAAAUGUGGUUGUCGGCGGCCAAACCUAUAGGACUGGCAGGCCUGGUCAGGGAAAUGUCUAUAUCAAUUCCCCCGACGCCUAUCCUGGAGCUCUUGAUGGUCAAAGCCAGCGUGGUUCCUCAAUUGCCGCUGGACCUGGGGCAGGAGGAGCAGGGGGUGGCACUCGGUAUCCCGAUGGAUACAGUGGGCGUGUGCCGGGUGGCACUUACCUUCACAAUAAGGAUUGUGUUGGCUGCAGCAUCAGCGGGGGAGGGGAUUAGAACGAGAAAUAAAAGAAUAAUAGAAAAAGGAAA